AUGCCCCGGCGCGACCGUGCGGGACGGCGCGUCUGCGUCGUUGGCCUCGGCAUCGCCGGCCGUCCGUCGCGGCUUCGCGGAUACUUUCCACCGCGCGCCUCCCCAACAAGCCCCCGCGGCCCAGCGCCCCGCUGUCCAGGCAGCAGCGGCGCUGCUCAGCGUCGUUGCCAAGUCCGGCCAGAGCCCCUGCCGUGGCGACCUCCUCGUCGUCUCCAGCCCCGCACGGGAGCAGUCCCGCGCCCGUCCGCGACCAGCCGUCCGCGCCCCUGUAGCCCGCCGGCCGGCCCGGCCGCCUGCUGCUCCGCCCGCCCGCGGCGGCUCGUUCCCCCUCCGAGCGACGGUCCCCCACGUCGCCCCGCUCCUCCGCCUGCGGCCGGCUGGCCGUGCCGCCCGGCGACGGGCCUCGUCGCCUCGCUCCGCCUCCGCCUCCGCCCACGGUCGCCUGCUCGCCUCGGCCGGCUCCCGAAGUCGCCGCGCCCGCCGGUGGCCGCCUCCGCCUCCGCCCACGGUCGCCUGCUCGCCUCGGCCGGCUCCCGAAGUCGCCGCGCCCGCCUGCGGCCGCCUCCGCCUCCGCCCAUGGCCCACUGCACCGCGCCCCCGCGGCCGGCCGACUCGCCUCUCCGGACGGCCGGCUCCGCCCGCCACCCGGCCGGCCUGCUGCUGGCCGACUCGCCUACCCGGACGGCCGGCUCCGCACGCGCCCCCGCGGCCGGCCGGACUCGCCGCCCCGCGCCUCCGACCUCCGGCCCGAGCGCCCCCGCCUCCGGCUUGGCUCUCGGUGCUGCUAACAUCACUGACCACGAGGUGGUGAAGAAAUUGCUGAGGUCCCUUGACAGUUCCUUUGACACCUUGGACCUAAUGAUUCAAGAGCGUCCUGUUUACAAGUCACUUGAUCCAGCUGAUAUUCUUGAGAGGCUCAAUACUCAUGAAUUUUAG